GAGACUUCAGAGACUCCAGAGACUUCUUUCAGUACUCACAGAAACCUCCUAGCCUUGGUGAUGGCACAUGGGGACUGUUUACUUGCUCUUAGUCUGAAUGACUGCCAAGAAGGAAGACAAAGGUAGAGCGGUCGGAUCUCUGGCUCCCCCCGUACUUCUAAUCUCAGACCUUAUUAAACUCCUUUUUGAGCCAAGGACAAAGCUCACUUGAACAAAUGACUUUGAGUCAUGAAUGAAAACUCUUGCUCUUUCCACAGUGAGAAAGAAUUAAGAGAUGGACAGGUUGAAAGUGUGUGUGCUGCGUAUCCUUUACCAUAUGACAAGGACACCGGUGUUCUUCGGGCUCUCAGAGGAAUUCCUAUCUCAGAGUUGAAGAAUCAUGGCAUCCUCCGGGCCCUGACAGCAGAAGCCAACGGAUGGCAGCCAGGUGUUGUGAAUGCGGAGGUGCUCAGAGCCCAAGAAGAAUGGGAAGCUGUGGACAACAUCCAGACAGAGUCAGGGAGUCAGGCCAGUGUAGACCAGCCUGGGCAGCUGAUCUCCUUCAGUGAGGCUCUGCAGCAUUUCCAGACUGUGGACCUCUCUUCCUUCAAGAAAAGAAUCCAGCCAACUAUUCGAAGGACGGGGCUCGCUGCCAUCCGGCACUGCCUCUUUGGGCCUCCAAAACUCCACCAGGGCCUCCGAGAAGAAAGGGACUUGGUCCUGACCAUUGCUCAGUGUGGCCUGGAUAAUCAGGACCCAAUGCAUGGCCGAGUCCUCCAGACCAUCUACAAGAAGCUGACUGGCUCCAAGUUUGACUGUGCCCUCCACGGAGACCACUGGGAAGAUCUGGGCUUUCAGGGAGCGAAUCCAGCCACAGACCUGAGAGGAGCAGGCUUCCUUGCCCUCCUACACCUGCUCUACCUGGUGAUGGACUCCAAGACCUUGCUGAUGGCCCAGGAGAUUUUCCGCCUAUCUCGUCACCAUAUCCAGCUUAGGUGCAUGAGUCAUCCUGAGGGAAUGGUGGGACCCCUUCCCAAAUCCAGGUUCCCAGAUGCCAGCCAGGGGCCACCCCUGCAAGCAGGCCUUUCUAAGGACAGCAGUCUCGGGCCUGGUGUGUUAACUCUUCCAGCACGUCACUCAAAGCAAUUCCCCUUCUGUCUGAUGUCCGUGAACAUCACCCGCAUCACAAUCCAGGCCUUAAGGGAGGACAGCCUCUCCAGGGAGUGUAACCGGCAGCAGAAAGUGAUCCCCGUGGUGAACAGCUUCUAUGCCGCCACCUUCCUCCGCCUCGCACAUGUCUGGAGGACGCAGCAGAAGACCAUCGCUGACUCUGGCUUUGUCCUCAAAGACUUGGAGGUGUUGGCCAAGAAGAGCCCCAGGCGGCUGCUCAAGACUCUGGAAAUCUACCUGGCUGGAGUGUCAAAGGGACAGGCCUCGUUGUUGGGAGCACCGAAGUGCUAUGGGCCACAAGCCCCUCACUCCAAGGAUCUCACCUUCACAGGCGUGUGUGACCUGCCACCACAUUCAUCCGAAGGCACGUGGCUGAUUUGACCAGCCCAAGGCCGACAGAGACACUUAAAGGCUGGGCCAGAGGGGCUUGGGAGGGUGUGUGGUGCAUUGUGCCAGGCGUACCCUGGCUGGGCCUGGUUGGGGAGGCCAAGGACCCUCACCCAGUGAGACUUUCAGGUUAGUUAGACCCAUCCCACUCCCCACAGACCCGCCUCCAGAGCAAGAAUUUGCCGUAAUUGGAACUGAGUUAGUUGAGAAUUGGUUUCCAGGUGAACAAGCGGAUGGAUCAUGAGGUGGGAAGGCCCUGCGUGGAUGUUCCCUGUAUCCCACUGGGAGAUAUUCCCACACAGAGGGGCCAGAAUUCUGAGUCGCUGGGCAGCAGGGCUCUCAGGCUGUGGGUGUCCCCAGGACAGGGACCUGCAGCUAGAAUUUGAAGGGAGAAGGUAGCCAUCGUAGCAGCCAAUGGGGCAGCAUGAACCAGGGCAAGAGGCCUUCACUCCAUCCUCUCCCGAGCUGGUAGCCAGGCCCCUGGGGGUUUCUGGUCUGGACUUACCCCACCCUCCCCUCUCCCUAUCCCUUAGUUUAUGUCACAGAACCAGCUUUCUGGUGGGUGUCUCCAUUGCUGCCCACCCUGCCCAUCCUGGCUGUCUGCCAGCUGGGCACCCCCCUGCUGCACGCCCCCUACCCCGUGGAGGUGUGCACUUCCCAUCAGGGGUGGUUUUCUGGCCUGGUUGAAGGAAGGAGGAGAUUCACACACCAGCAGUUUUUGAAUAAAAGAAUUGUUCUAGGUCA